AUGCCCCAUGGACGCGCGAAUGUGCGGGCCCUUCGCCGGCGAAGGCGUCGCCGCAUGGAGUUGCUCGUGGAGACCUCGCUCAUCGCUUUGGCAAUUUUGCUACUGCGACCAAGUCUGUUCUCUUACCGAUCCACCGCAUUGCUACUCUCCACCGUACUUGUCCUGAUUUCUAAUGUGACACGGCGUUGCGCGUGUUUCAUCCCCCCGGAGUGGGCACCAGAGCGAGGAACGGUGCCAGCGUGGCGACUGUUCGUGUCCAAACCGGCACAGAAAAAAGCCAAUCAACUGAAAACAAAAAUAGUAGUGAACAAAAAAAAAAAAGAAGAAAAUCUCAAAAAAAAAAUAAGUAAAGGAGUAGAAUUUAAGAGUUCAUCAAAGUAUAAACUGAUUGAAGAUCUCCUUGACGGAUACCCAUACACAUCGUUACCAGCCCCUGAGAAAACUGUACAAAGGGAUCCAUUUAUUCUACUCAAAGGAAAAGUGAAAAGACAGUACUUACAAGGAAUGGAAUUACCCUUUGGUCUAAUUGAUCCCGUAAAAUAUGAAUUGCUAAAACUGAUUGGGAGGUUAGGAGAUCCUUUUAAAAACUUAUGUUCUCAUUCACUAACCCCGAGACUUCUAAUAGACUCUCUUUUUAAGAAUCAACCUGAACUCACUUUUGAUGAAUUCUGUUACAGACUGGAGUAUAGAAGGAAGUUCCUCAUGCCAUCGUACACAAAUGUCUUCAUGUAUGAGAAGGAACUUCUAUGGCAAGAGUGGAUAGCCGUGAGAAAUUUGAAGGAAGUAUCGCCUGAAACAGGUGAGGAUGAUCAUGAGCGUAUUCAGAAAAUUCUACAACCAGAUGAGACCACUAUGCCUAUCGUUAUGAUAAGGGUGAACAGAGAAAUAAGUAAUCAGGGAAUCCAUCCAGCCAUUCUGAAAAUGUUCUUCGACUUCCUCAAUGUAGAUAAGCGUCCAGAUAAACUCAGUCGAGAUUAUGCAUUCCUGAAAUUAGAAUCCAUCAUGAGAAAACUUAAGAAUAGGGAUUUCCUUGAGGGGAUCAAACCAGAUUACAUCUAUUUUAUGUUCAAUGAGAGAGCUAAAGAAGUUUUCUCAUCUUACAGCGAGAGCGAAUUUCAAAAGAGCUACCACGAAGCGCUUAAUCACAACAACAUGAAACAAAACCUGCUCUCACAAAACGCCACUUACAAAAAAGAAAGAAAACUCUUCUCUGAGAAAACUAAAAACUCCCUCAUGAAAUUCUACGACAUUGAACUUCCUUCCUUCUUCAAAGAUUAUGUGAAAAAGAAGGAAGAAAAUUACAAAGUCAUUCAAGCCAAGAUUAACAAAAUGAUUACUAGUAAAUAUCUCAAGCGGAAACAGCGUAGGGAGGAUAUCCUCGCUGGUCGCAUCACCCCGCAGGAGUUAUCAGUACAGGUUACCCCUGAAGAUGAUACGCAACCACGCAGGAAGAAGAAAAAGAAGAGGAGGAAGUGA